UGACCGUAUUACAUAUAUUUAUAUAAAUAAUUCCUUGUGAUUAAAUAGCAGCCUCUUUCGUAAGCUGGGUUGGUACCUAAGUUCCAAAAAAAAUAUAAAAACUGCCAAAAAAGCCAAGACGCAAUCCAAACCACUUGUAGAGAUCAACUAUUCAGCGAAAAUAUAAAAGCUAAUAAAUUUACUGAUUCAACUUUCCGUAAUUUCCUAUUAAUAACCAGAAUUUAGCAAAGAGUAGGACGCCAUACUAAAACAUAACGGCAAUUAUGAUGGCGACCUCACAUACUUUUCCACCUGAAGAAAGUUUACCCCAUCCACCCCCAAAUUUUCAACCACAACAAAUAAAUACAAAACAAGUAAUUUAUAAUAAGUCGGGCACAAAGUGUAUGAAUAUCGUAAAAGAUCCGUCUGGAAUGCCUUUAUCUCCGACUUCACCGUCUACGAGAGACCAAAAUGAUAGUUCACCCUCUCAUAAUCCUCAAAAUAAUAACGUGCCAACUAAAAAGAAAAAGAAAAAGAAGGGUAAAAGAAAAUCUACUGUUGACCAUGUAGAGGAAGCUGAUAUUCAAGUUAAUGGAACACAUAAUAAUCAUAUAAAGACAAAUUAUAACAGUGAAAAUGAAGAGGAAGCAUUGGACGUGGAUUUAGAAGACGAAGAUGAAUUCUUUUCUGAUGAUGACGGAUAUGAUCCGGAAGCACCUGAAAUACCCUUUCCACGAAAGGAUUCUAUCGCAAAUCAUGAUGGUGAUAAUAAUCAUGCUCCUACUACUCCUUCAAAGAAAAAAAAGAAGAAAAAGAAAAAUAAGAAUGGUCUUAGUAUGAAUCAAAUUUCAGAUAUCCAUCAUAACCAUCCCCACCAUAACCAUAAUCACAAAUCUCGUAAAGAUGGUAUCUGGAAUACCAAUAAUAACGAAGAACGACAGCGAAUAAGGGAAUUCUGGUUACAAUUGGGUGAAGAGGAAAGAAGAAGUUUAGUAAAAGUUGAGAAAGAAGCUGUGCUAAAAAAAAUGAAAGAACAGCAAAAGCAUUCAUGCUCUUGUUCUGUAUGUGGCAAAAAGAGGACCGCUAUUGAAGCAGAGUUAGAAACCCUCUAUGAUGCUUACUAUGAAGAACUUGAAUCUUAUGCGAAUCAUCAGCAGCAAUUUGGCUCUUCAAAUAUUGAAUAUCGAAACGAUGCAGAGUUUGAUGACGAUGAUGAUGAUGAAGAAUACGAAGAUGAUGAGGACGAAGACGAUGAAGAUUAUGAAGGCAGUGAACAUGAUAGUGAUACGCGGAAAGAAUUCUUCAACAACUUUGGUAAUAGUUUAACUGUGAAAGGAGGCAUUUUGACCGUAGCUGACGAUCUAUUAAAAAAUGACGGCAAGAAGUUUCUCGAAAUGAUGGAACGACUUGCUGAACGAAGGAUGCAACGAGAAGAAGAUGAGUCAGCAAUGGAUCGUGGUGAAUAUUAUGAUGAAGAUGAGGAUGAAGAUGAGGAUGAAUAUGAAGAGGAUGGGGAAGAAGAUAACCAAACAGAAGAACAACGUAUGGAAGAAGGUCGACGAAUGUUUCAGAUAUUCGCUGCAAGAAUGUUUGAACAGCGAGUGUUAAAUGCAUAUCGAGAAAAGGUUGCUCAAGAACGACAACAAAAGUUAUUAGAAGAGUUAGAGGAAGAAAAUCGGCUGAAAGAGGAGCGUGAACUUAAAAAAUUAAAAGAGAAAGAAAGAAAGAAGGCUAAAAAUAGGGCCUUGAAACAACAAAAAGAGGAAGAACGUGCAAGAAGAGAGGCAGAAAGGCUAGCUGAAGAAAAAGCUCAACGAGCAGAGCGUGAAAAAAAAUUAGAGGAAGAACGUAAAAGACGUGAGGAAGAACGUCUAAAAAAGGAGGCAGAAAGGAGGCAAAGGGAAGAAGAACGACAAAGGAAAGAAGAAGAAAAAAGGCGAAAAGCAAGAGAAGAGAGAGAGCGAGAGGAACGUAGGAAAAAAGAGCAGGAAGCAAAAGAACGUAAAGAGAAAGAAAAAGAGGAGAGAGAACGUAAAGAAAGAGAAGAAAAGGCUCGAAAAGAAAAGGAAGAACGUCGACAGCGUGAAGAACGAGAGCGUAAACAACGUGAAUUAAAGGAGAAGGAACGUAAAGAAAAAGAAGAACAAGAGCGUAAAGAACGCGAAAAGAAAGAACGUGAAGCGAAAGAACGAGAACGAAAAGAAAAGGAGGAUCAGGAACGUAAAGAUCGCGAGGAAAAAGAACGAAAAGAGAGGGAAGAGAAACAAAAAGCUGUCACACUGAGGCAGCAACAACAUCAUGAACGAAAACGAACUAUUACACCAAUCGGUCAACCUUCUGCUCAACCACCACCCCCACCGUCAAUAAGUACACCGGUAAUACAGAAUAAACCUGUCGUAUCAAUGCCUAAUGGAAUGAAUUGGAUUAAUUAUUCAUCACAUGAACAACACCAACCUCUUCCGCAGCAUUCUAUAAAUCCACAACAUGUUAUAAAUUCUCAUUUACCACCCCCUCCCAAUCACCCUAACCAUCCACCGCCACAUCCAUUGUUUAACCCUGGUGGACCACAACCACAAUUUGGAGGACAGCCUGUUGGAAUAAUGAAUGGUCCUGCGGGAAUGACAAAUGAAGUUGCUAAUGAAGUUUUUACGAACACUAAAAAAGCAAUAAAUCCACCACCACAAGGAACGAACACUUUACAGGGAAUAAAUCCUACAUCUUCCUUAUUUGCAACUGGAUUAGGUCCGAUUGGUAUGGGUGUUCAUCCACACCAUGGAGGUCCUCCAGUACCCAUACAUGCUCAUCAAGUAAUGAGACAACAAAUGCCACCUCCUAGAGGUUUUAAUCCAAUUGCUCCAACACCACAUUUACCUGGUCCCUCUGGAGUUCCACCAUCUGUAGCAUCUACAAAUUUAUCAUUACUUAAUGAAGCUGCUGUAAUGAGUGGAAAUGGAAAUAUUGGUGCAGGAGUAACAGGAAAUCCGCAAAAUGGUGCAUUUGGUGGGUUACCUAUAUGUGGACAAGGACCAUUAGGUCCACAGACAUUUAAUUUAGGGACACAAGUACCCGCAUCGUCUCAUAUAGGACCUAGUGUUGUUGUUCCAAAUACUCCGUUAGCUCCUAUUGGACAUCGUCGUAUGUCCCAACAUCCAGAGGAUUCCCAUGUAAAAGCUGUACAAAGACCACAACCGAUACAGCGUCCAAGAAGAAAUUCUGGUACAGGACAGUCACUGGAAAUACGUACAAGGUCGCCACCACCAGGUUUUGGUAAUAUGGUUGGCUCUGGUGCUUUGCUUGGUGAUGAUAAAACUAAUUCAAUGACAAACAGGAGACAGAGUUUAGCUGCUGGUGAAAGUUCAUAUUUCUCUAAUUCAUUAUUUUCUACAGCAAUGCCUGGAGAGUCAAAUCCACCUCAACCAUCACCAUCACAGAACCAACAACAGCAACAACACGGAACAAAUCGGGUGUCACAUCGACCUGUUGUAGGUGAUAAUGAAUGGCCUCCAAUACGCGGAAGACAAAAUGUGACUGAUAAUCUCCUAGGAGAGUCUGUAUCUAUUGGUAGUAAUAAUAAUGGUAAUAAUAAUAUAGGAACAAACGACAUUUGGGCAUCAAAUUUUGCUGGUGGACAGUCAUUGUGGUAUUCAGAAGGUAAUAAUAAUCCUACAAAUCGUAGAGUGAUGGGUUCAAGAGACUUUGGCAUACCAUAAUAACAAAAAACGAAAGAAACUUAAAAUAUAAUUAGUGCAAAUUUUCUAUUAUUUCCUGUUUUCCUUAUUACCUUGUAACCAUAAAUACUAUAUAUAUACACAUAUUACUAUUAUAUUUUUAGUCCUCGAUUUGGCGUAAAAUUAAGAACGUGUUUAUCUAUAUAUACAUAUAUAUUGCAAAAAGAAAAAAAAGGACGAGUGAUGAUGUAUUAAUGAUGUAUUAAAAAAAAAACAAAUUCUAUUACUAUAAUUUUACUAUUACAAUUAGCAUUUUGGAAGAAUCAUUUACCAUUUGAAAAAAAAAAAAGAAAAAUAUUUUAUUUUCAUCGU